UGGACUAUACAUUUACAAGUCUCCAUAUGUUACCCACCACUCUGCUGCACGGGUUGUUUUGAGAGCAUUUUAAACCAAAAAGAAAAACAAAAAAGAGAAGGAAAAAUCAACCUCAAUCAGCUUCUUUUAUUGCUUUUAUUUCACAUUUCUUGAAUUGUUUUGGAUUCCAAAACUCGUUGUGCAUUCUUCCAAAUGCUUCGCCCACGAGUCUGCAUGUGGGUAUAACCGGUUGUUAAAAUCUGCGUCCAGGUAUUUAAGGGCAGCGCUUGAUUAGGGGAUUUUUUUUUUCUUAAUUAUUCUUAUAAAAUUUAGAAAUUCACCUUUAUCUCUUGGAAGCGCAUCCACUAUUUUUCUUCCACGAUGGCUGAUGCCAACGCUGAAUGCAACAUCAAGGUGUUGUGUCGAUUUCGUCCGCUGAACCAGUCCGAAAUUCUCCGUGGAGAUAAGUUCAUCCCAAUAUUUCAAGGAGAAGACACCGUCAUCCUCGGGGGGAAGUUGUACGUGUUUGACCAGGUCUUCCCGACUAACACCACACAAGAACAAGUCUACAACGCCUGCGCCAAACAGAUUGUCAAAGAUGUGCUGGGUGGAUAUAAUGGGACUAUCUUUGCCUAUGGGCAGACCUCCUCGGGAAAAACACACACUAUGGAGGGAAACCUUCAUGAUUCCCAGGAAAUGGGAAUCAUACCCCGAAUAGCAGAGGACAUUUUUGAACAUAUAUUUGCCAUGGAUGAGAACCUAGAAUUCCACAUAAAGGUCUCCUAUUUUGAGAUCUACUUGGAUAAAAUCCGGGACCUGCUGGAUGUGACAAAAACCAACCUGUCAGUGCAUGAAGACAAACACAGAGUUCCUUAUGUGAAGGGCUGCACAGAACGCUUCGUUACCAGUCCUGAGGAAGUGAUGGAUGUGAUAGAUGAGGGGAAGGCCAACCGUCACGUAGCUGUCACCAACAUGAAUGAGCACAGCUCCCGCAGUCACAGCAUCUUCCUGAUAAACAUCAAACAAGAAAAUGUGGAGACAGAGCAGAAGCUGAGUGGGAAACUGUACCUAGUAGACUUAGCUGGUAGCGAAAAGGUCAGUAAGACAGGUGCAGAGGGAGCGGUGCUGGAUGAGGCCAAGAACAUCAACAAGUCUCUGUCAGCCCUGGGGAACGUCAUUUCAGCUUUGGCUGAAGGAACGAAAUCCCAUGUGCCAUAUCGAGACAGCAAAAUGACUCGCAUCCUUCAGGACUCACUGGGCGGGAACUGCCGCACCACCAUGUUUAUCUGUUGCUCUCCCUCUAGCUACAACGAUGCAGAAACCAAAUCCACCCUGAUGUUUGGCCAACGAGCCAAGACCAUUAGAAAUACUGUAUCAGUGAAUCUGGAGCUCACAGCAGAGCAGUGGAAGAAGAAGUAUGAAAAGGAAAAGGAGAAGAACAAGGCAAUGAAGGAGACUAUUCAAAGGCUUGAAGCUGAGCUGAACCACUGGAGGGAUGGUGAGACUACUAUUCUGCUGACUGAAGAAUCAGAGGAUGCCUUUUUGGUGCCUCCAGAUUCUGAGGAGCCGGCUCUUGACUUAUGCAGCCCUUGCACCCCAUGCACCCCAUGCACUCCAUGCACCCCAUGUUCCAUAGCCUCCUCCAUCGUUGUUCACAUCUCAGAGGAGGAACGGCAGAAGUAUGAAGAGGAGAUCCGCAAACUUUACAAGCAGCUUGAUGAUAAGGACGAUGAGAUCAACCAUCAGAGCCAGAUGGUGGAGAAACUGAAGGAGCAGAUGCUCGACCAGGAGGAGCUACUGGCAUCAUCCAGGGGUGACAGCGAGAAGGUGCAGUCGGAGCUUGGCAGGCUGCAAACAGAAAAUGAAUCCGCUAAGGCAGAGGUGAAAGAGGUCCUUCAGGCUUUGGAGGAGCUGGCUGUAAACUAUGACCAGAAAAGCUUGGAAGUAGAAGAAAAGAGCAUGCAGAACAAGCUCCUCGCUGAAGAGCUUGCAAAAAAGAUGACUCACCUCAGGGCUUUAGAAAUGGAGUUGUCCCAUAUCCAGGAAGUGAGCAGCCACCAAAGAAAACGCAUCGCUGAGAUUCUCAAUGGGCUCAUGAGGGACCUGCAUGAGUUCAGCACCAUUGUUGGAAACAGGGAAAUCAAGCUGCCCAUGGAUAUCACUGGUGCAAUCGAGGAAGAGUUCACUGUAGCUCGACUCUACAUCAGUAAGAUAAAGUCAGAGGUGAAGUCCAUGGUGAAGCGCUGCCGGCACCUGGAGAACCUCCAAAUGGAGUGUCACUGCAAGAUGGAAGAGACGAGCAGAGAGCUGUCAUCAUGCCAUCUCCUCAUCUCACAGCACGAGGCAAAGCUCCGCUCUCUUACGGAGUACAUGCAGAACGUGGAGCUGAAGAAGAGACAGCUGGAGGACAGCUAUGACUCUCUGACUGCAGAGCUAGUCAAACUCCAGGCUCAAGAGAGCAUGUCACAGGUUACCAGGGGAGAAAAUUUCAUGUCUAUCCAGAAUUCCAGUGAUAUAAAGAGGGCCCUAGAGCAGCAGAUGGAGUCACACCGUGAGGCGCACACCAAGCAGCUUGGCCGCCUUCGAGAUGAAAUCAAUGAGAAGCAGAAGAUCAUCGACGACUUAACUGACUGCAAUCAGAAGAAGCAGCUGGAGCUGGAGCAACUGCAUACUGAUUUUGAACGCCUCAGGACUCAAGAGCAUCACAAGAGCCAGCAGCUGGAGGAACUGACAUUUCUCCAUGAGCGUCAUGAACAGUCAAAACAAGAUCUCAAAGGGCUGGAGGAGACUGUUGCUCGUGAGCUCUACACCCUGCACAACCUCCGCAAGCUUUUUGUUCAAGACCUCACGACUCGAGUUAGAAAAAGUGCAGAGAUGGAGCCUGAUGAUACUGGGGGAUUUAUCACUCAGAAACAAAAGAUUUCCUUUCUUGAAAACAACUUGGAGCAGCUUACAAAGGUUCACAAACAGCUGGUACGUGACAAUGCAGAUCUUCGCUGUGAACUACCAAAACUGGAGAAACGCCUUCGCUCUACAGCUGAGCGAGUUAAGGCAUUGGAGGGUGCGCUGAAAGAGGCAAAGGAGGGGGCCAUGAAUGACCGUCAUCGCUACCAGCAGGAGGUGGAACGAAUCAAAGACGUGAUGAGGGCUCGAAAUCCCUUUCGUCGGCCCCAUGCUGCACAAAUAGCAAAAGCUGUGCGCCCUGGUCACUACCCAGUCUGUCCCACCAACCCAUUCUUCAUCCGAGGCUAUAGUGAACAUCCCAUUGCCUUCUGCAAUGCUGUUUUCCACAACAAAAACAACCGACCAGCAGUUGCUCCUGCUGCUCCAGCAACACCAGAAAAUGAGGCCAGGUUACCUGAGGUCAUCUCCAACCAGAACAGCCCUACAGAACACCUUGGCUCCCAGAACAAUGACACACACGACAGUGAUGCCCAGAACAACAUGGUUCCAGCAGAACCAGCAAGCACAGCAGACAACACUCCUGAGAUGCUAGAUUCAGAAAAUGGAAACACCACAGAUAUCAAUGACAACAGAACCAAUGUCUGUGACAACCAGGACCCAGUCAAACUCCACAACCUGAAGCCCGAGGCUUCAGCCAGCUAAUAGACCUCAGCAGGCAGACAAUUUUGUCUGAGGCCACUUCUGUAAAUCUGCAUGCAGCUGAUUGCCGUCCUUCCCAACUUCCCUUUCUCUCCCAUCCUCUCUCAUUGUAAAAGUCCUCCAGUCUAUUUUUAAAACCCUGUUUGCUCUUCUCUGAUUCCUUCUUUCUUUACUCUGGUGUGUGGGGUGUAUGAUAGUAACAGUUUGGCAUACACUGCAUCCCAAAUCCCCAACUUGGCAGCUUACACCUGCUGCUGCACCCUACACCCCCCAUGACUGGAAGUUCAAAGAGGAUACAAACAGAGAGGUGAGGAAAAGAAGGUGCAGUACAAUAGGCUACCACUGAGAGGUUCUGUUUGACACUGCGGACAAAAAACAGUGCAGUUAAGAGAAAAUUUAUUAUUAGUAUCACCAUUGGUAAACAUACGGACUAUGUGAAAACACAAAGAUUUGAAAAUACAAACCAAAAUGUGUUUGACAACAUGAAAACAGUAGAAAACCUGCGCUCACCUUACUAACAUUUAUACCUCUUACUGCAUGCUUUUUUUUACGUUUGUCUUCAGUAUUUUUUGGAAAAUACAGGAUAAAGGUACAAACCUAGGGAUGCAAAACUGUCUCAAAAUAUUUUGGUCACAGCAGGAAUACAGAAGACUCUGCCAGUUUUUGUAUAUGGAAAACUAAAAAGACAGACAUCAGUUUACAGAGCAAUAUUCAGUGUGUUGUUUACUGUGAUCAAAACAUAUUACAAGCCAAGAAACCAAUGAUGCACUGGGUUGUCUUUCAGCACUAUUUGACAUGCUCACUCUGUUUUUCAGUAAAUAGCUAAAAACAGGCCAACAAUAUUAAUUAAUUCCUUUAAAAAAUGCAUUUCACUACCAGUUGGAGAACUGAAGAUGCUGAUUGAAGCCAAGAAUAAAGAUAUGUUUUCUAUUGAUAUUUUUAACUGCAACAUUGCGAUUCCCUAAUGGAUUUUGGUCUAAAAUUUGCAAAACCAGUUGAACUAUUUUCUUGAAAACAGGAAAGUAACAGAAUUCCACCACUCUUCCGUUAAAGGGAAUCUGUCAUGCAUAUUUGUAGGUUUUUAUCUUUAGGAGUCCACC